AUGUUGUCAACAUUACACAGCUUUCAUCACAAUACUCGCACCCUUCGCAAGUGGAAUAAGGAGCACAUCUAUGGCGUAGCUGUUCGGACCCCAAAAAACCCCAGGGCUGGUUCAGAUUUAGUGUCUGAUGUUAUUUCAAAUCGGGUCUGUGACAAGCCACUCACGCGACCCAUAGAUGUUGUCUAUGACCUCAAAAAAGAUUAUGGAUUAGAGGUUAGCUACCGGGUUGCGUGGUUAGGUGUUAAAAAAGCUCGGGGGGAGAUGUUUGGUGCACACUCCAUUUCGUUCUACCAAUUGCGCUGGUACAGUUCCGUUGUCGUUGAAAACAACCCUGGAAGUUACGUCAACAUUGACUGUGAUAAACACAACAACCGUUUCAUAAGGUAUUUCAUAUCAUUCAAAGCAUGUAUCGAUGGGUUCAAUCAUUGCCGGCCAUUACUAUUCCUGGAUGGGACUUUUCUGAAGGGAAAAUUCAAGGGACACUUGCUAGCCGCUACUGCGAAAGAUGGCAAUCAAGGUCUCUUCCCUGUAGCCAUCGCAAUUGUCGAUUCAGAAAACACCGCAAACUGGGCAUGGUUCUUGGGACAUCUCGCAAAUGUUGUCAACAGUCACAGGACCCUUACAUUCGUAUCUGACCGACAUGCAGGAUUAUUGGAAUCAAUACCCAUCACAUUUCCCACAGCCCAUCACGCAUUUUGUCUACAACAUUUGCAACGUAACUUGCAACAUAAGUUACGAUAUGUCAACACUUCAUACAGGGCUGGAAUGUUGACAAAAUUUCGGGCUUGUGCUUACGCACCCACUGUGGCUUCAUUCACGCAAUGCGUCGAGGAAUUUAUGAAAUGCGGAAGGAAGGUUGUUCCCGCAUUCUUAAAAGACUUACCCCUUCAAUUUUGGGCUAAUGCUUACUUCCGCGGUUCACGAUACGGUGAGAUGAGUUCCAAUGCCGUUGAAUCAUUUAACUCGUGGAUACGGGAAACACGCCACCUACCAAUUACUCAACUGGUUGACAGCAUUCGAGUUAAGAUUAUGCAUCAAAUGGCGAAACGCAAAAUAAAAGCACAAGCGUGGCCCGGUGUUAUUUGCCCAAAAAUGGAAGCUCGAUUGGUCAAAGCAUACAAUAAAGGCAGAGCAUGGCUUGUCAGCCAAUCCACCGAUACAGUGUUCGAGGUCCACUCUUUCCCAUCCGUCAUGGUUGACGUUGACAAACGUACAUGUUCCUGUUUCAAGUGGCAAAUCAAUGGAUUUCCAUGCUCUCACGCAGUUGUUGCUAUCCGAAAUAGCGAACUCGACCUGUACGAUUUAGUGGCUGAAUUUUACUACGGGAAUGCUUACCGGAACUCAUACCAACAUAACAUACAACCCAUUCCAACUGUUGAGAAACCAGCAUUCAAUCCUGAUGAUUUUGUCAUACACCCACCGUCAGUCAAACGACCACCAAGCCGACCCAAACAAAAAAAGAAUUCUUUCCCAAGGUGA